GUCUCACAUUGUUUAAGUUUCCAAACUUUUGAUCACAUAAAUAUGUCAAGACAACCUCACCCUAUGAGCUAACUUUGGUUGAGAUCCAAACGUGUUUAACGAUAAUAAUUUAACAUUUUUUGGCUAUAUAUUGGGACAUUCAUUUGGUUUUGGUAAGUAGGCAAAUCAAAGAAAUGGCUGGGACGAAAAUUGUCACGGCCAUGAAUUGCAUGCCACAAAACAAAGUUCAUGGGUUUCAAGGACGCACACCUCUUAGUCUAAGCCAUUCCAUUAAGAAGCAAAAAUUGGUGUAUUAUUGGAGUAUGAAUGGUAAGAGUAAGACCAAAUUCAGAGUAAUGAAUCAGAAGGGGAAACAAAUAGCACCACAAGUGGAAACUGAGGAGAACAUUACUAGCACCAAGUUUAUGGCGCUGGUUUCCGUGAGAAAUAGUAGUAAUAAUAAUAAGGCAUUUCUGAAUAAUUUCCUAAGUAUUUUCAUGCCUCAAAACAAUACCAAAGGUUGUGUUGUUCUGCAGUUAGUAAGCACAAAACUUGAUCCUAGGAGUAUGGAGCCAAAGUUGAGCCAUGAAACAGUGUUGGAGUUUUCCAAAUUAGAACAUAAAGGAAGCACAAGCAGCAUCUACAGAGUGGAAUUCAUAGUUGACUCAGAUUUUGGUGUCCCUGGAGCUGUCACUGCAGUUAACAACUAUGACAAUGAGUUUUUCUUGGAAACUAUAAACAUUAAAGAAAAGGGAAAUAUUUGUUUCUCUUGCGAGUCUUGGAUUCAACCAAAUAAGCUUGAUCCACACAAGAGAAUUUUCUUCAUCAACAAAGUGUAUCUACCUUGUGAAACACCAAAUGGGCUGAAAGAAUUCAGAGGAAGGGAGCUAAAGCAAAUGAGAGGUGGUGAUGAUGGUAGUGAGAAAGGACAACUGAGACCUUGGAACAGGAUUUAUGACUAUGAUGUUUACAAUGAUUUGGGAGAUCCAGACAAAGGAAAUGAUUAUGCAAGGCCAACUCUUGGUGGCCAACACAACCCUCAUCCCACACGUUGUCGUACCGGUCGUCCUCCUACCAAGUCUGAUGCGAAGGCAGAAUCGCGACCAAGUGAAUCAGAGUUAAUAUAUGUGCCUAGAGAUGAAGAAUAUGAGGACAUUAAGCAACAAUAUAUUAAUCAAGGAAAAUUGAAGGCAGUGCUUCGUAAUAUUGUGCCUGGUUUAAGGUAUAAAAUCAUGGGCAGUGAAGUAAUUUCAAACAUUGAUCGCUUCAUUCAAGAGCCUACAGAGCACUCUGUACCCAAGUCUCUGCUCAAUUUAGGAGUGGCCAUGGGACAAUUUUUUAAAUUUGACCCUCCAAAGCUAUUUUCAAGUGGAAAAUCACAUUUCUUAAGUGAUGAUGAAUUUGGACGUCAAGUGCUCGCUGGGUUAAACCCUUUAAGUAUUGCAAGGCUAAAGGUUUUCCCACCAGUAAGUAAGCUGGAUCCCUCUAUAUAUGGUUCAGUAGAGUCGGCAUUGAAAGAAGAACACAUUAUAGACCACAUUGAAGGGAUGUCUAUCCAACAGGCAUUGGAAGAGAAUAAGUUAUUCGUGCUGGACUAUCAUGAUGUUUACUUGCCAUUCCUUGAUCGGAUUAAUGCUCUUGAAGAGCGCAAAGCUUAUGCGACAACCACAAUUUUCUUCCUCACCAAAAUGGGAACUUUAAAACCCAUUGCUAUUCAGCUUGCUCUGCCAACAGGGGAUCCAAAUACUGCAUGCAAGCAGGUUCUUAACCCUUCGGUAGAUAAAACCUCCAAAUGGCUCUGGCAAUUCGCCAAAGCCCAUGUUUGUGCUAAUGAUGGUGGUGUUCAUACACUAGUGCACCACUGGUUAAGAAUACAUGCAUGCAUAGAACCAUUAAUAAUUGCAGCUCAUCGGCAAUUAAGUGUGAUGCAUCCUGUAUUCAAGCUUCUGCAUCCCCAUAUGCGCUAUACACUCAAGACAAAUGCAACAGCCCGUGAGGUACUCAUCAACGCUGAAGGUUCCAUAGAGAAAAACUACACUCCCGGGAGAUACAGUAUGCAAAUUACCUGUGCUGCCUAUAAAGAUUGGUGGCGGUUCGACAUGGAAGGCCUUCCUCCCGAUCUUAUAAGAAGAGGUUUGGCAGUUCCAGAUGCAACCCAGCCACAUGGUAUUAGACUACUUAUUGAAGAUUAUCCUUAUGCAGCUGAUGGACUCCUCAUAUGGUCCAGUAUAGAGAAGUUGGUCAGGACCUAUGUGAACCAUUACUACAAAGAUUUGAAUGCCAUUUCUUCUGACUAUGAACUCCAAUCCUGGUACAAAGAAUUCAUCAACAUGGGACACCCUGAUCAUAAAAACGCUUCCUGGUGGCCACAACUUCACAACCCUGAGGAUCUCAUAUCCUUGCUUACCACCAUAAUCUGGAUUGUAUCAGCGCAGCAUGCUGUCUUGAACUUUAGUCAAUACCCCUAUGCUGGGUAUGUCCCAAUCCGGCCACAAUUAAUGAGAAAACUAAUUCCAAAUGAGGAGGAUUCUGACUACGCAGAUUUCGUCAAGGAUCCAGAGAGAUACUUUCUAUCAUCACUGCCAAGUUUAUUUCAGGCAACAAAGUUCAUGGCUGUGAUCAACAUAGGUUCGGCACACUCACCGGAUGAGGAGUAUAUAGGAGAUAGAAAUGACAAGUCUUCUUGGUUGGGAGAACCUGAGAUCAUUGAUGCACUCAUCCAAUUUUCAACGGACAUGAAAAAUAUUGAGAAGGAGAUUAAAAGAAGAAAUGCUGAUCCAAAACUUAGGAAUCGAUGUGGCCAUGGAGUUUCAUCAUAUGAACUGCUUAUACCAAGCUCAGGAAGUGGGGCUACCGGACGAGGGGUGCCAAAUAGUGCAACAGUUUAAUAUGUGUUGUGGACAGACCAGGCACUGAAUAUAUGUUCUAUUAUUAUUCACAUCUUAGGUGCAUUAAAAUGGAUACAAAGUCCAUCACCUAUAAACACAAAACCUAAUAAUAACAUAAAAUAAAAGAACACUAGAGGGUUGAAGUCAUUUGCAACUAUGUAGCAGAUUUGGAAGUUAACAAGUUUAAAUCUUUCUGUGUUA